AUGCCUCCACCACCACAUAUCCGGCCCGAGAAUGUGCUCAGACGAGCACAAGAACUCAUCGCCGUCGACCAAACACAAGCCGCUCUCACCGUCCUUCACGAACAUGUCACCUCGAAGCGAUCCCGAAAUAGCCCCAUCGCCUCCUUGGAGCCGGUCAUGCUCCUCUUCGUCGAGUUGUGCGUCGACUUGCGAAAAGGAAAGGCUGCAAAGGAUGGCCUCUACCAAUACAAGAACAUUGCGCAGAACACCAAUGUCGGGACGAUAGAAUUGGUUCUCAAGAAAUUCAUCGAGCUAGCCGAGCAGAAAGUUCAAGAGGCACAAGCAAAAGCAGAUCAAGUCCAGUCCAACAUUGAGAACGCAGCAGCCUCGACAAACCUCAACAUCGACGAUCUCGAGGCCACCGAAACGCCUGAAACAAUCCUCCUUGCCACCGUUUCUGGCGAACAGUCCAAAGACCGAACAGACCGCGCCAUUGUAACGCCAUGGCUCAAAUUUUUGUGGGAAACCUAUCGAACAGUUCUGGAAAUCUUGAAGAACAACGCUCGUUUGGAGGUGAUGUACCAGAGCACUGCUCAUCAGGCCUUCGACUUUUGCUUGAAGUAUACCCGGAAGACUGAGUUCCGCCGUCUCUGCGAGUUGCUGCGAAAUCACGUUCAGAAUGCCGCCAAGUAUUCCUCCCAGAUGCACGCCAUCAAUCUGAAUGAGCCUGAUACUCUGCAACGCCACCUUGAGACUCGUUUUCGGCAGCUGAACGUGGCGGAUGAACUUGAGCUGUGGCAAGAAGCUUUCCGAAGCGUCGAGGACAUUCAUAUGCUUUUGACCCUGUCGAAACGACCUGCAAAGAAUGUCAUGAUGGCGAACUACUACGAGAAGCUCACCAAGAUCUUCCUGGUCAGUGACAAUUUCUUGUUCCAUGCCGCCGCCUGGAACAAGUACUACAACCUGCUGCGUCAGUCUGCAACAGUCUUGGCAUCUGGACAGGGCGUCAAGCGUGACAACCCAGUUGUUACUGAGGAAUCUCUCACGAAGGCUGCCUCUUUCGUCUUGCUAUCGGCCCUUGCAAUCCCCGUCAUCAGCACCUCUCGUUCGCGGGGGGCUCUCGUUGACGUGGACGAAGCACGCAAGAACAAGAACACCCGUCUGACGAACCUCCUUAGCAUGCCCUUUGCUCCUACUAGAGCCGGUCUUUUCAAGGAUGCAUUGAACAAGGGUCUGCUGAAGAGAGUCCGCCCUGAGAUCCGGGAUCUUUACAAUAUAUUGGAAGUUGACUUCCACCCUCUGUCGAUUUGCAAGAAGAUCUCACCCAUUCUGUCCCAAAUUGGCUCGGAUCCUGAAAUGGAGAAAUAUGUGCUGCCUCUACAACAAGUCAUUUUGACGCGACUUUUCCAGCAACUUUCACAAGUAUACGAGUCUGUCGAACUUGGAUUUGUUACUCGGCUAGCUCAAUUCCCCGCGCCAUUCGAAGUCACCCCUGCCAUGAUUGAGAAGUUCAUCAUGAAUGGUUGCAAGAAGGGUGACCUGUCUAUCCGUCUUGACCAUGUCUCUGGUAUCCUUGCUUUCGACUCCGACGUCUUCUCUUCUGCCAAGGCAAUUCACUCCGGCAGUGCUGCUGGAUCUGCAGAAAGCGAGACUGGCUCUGUUCAACGUCUGCAAAACACUCCUGCUGAGAUUGCACGCUCACAACUCACCCGCCUCGCGAAGACCUUGCACAUUACAUGCAUGUAUGUCGACCCCUCAUACAACCAAGCUCGUCUCGCUGCGCGAGAAUCCGCCUUGGCUCGUGCCGAGGCUGGCGCACAAGAAGAGCACGAGGCUAUGCUUGCCAGACGAGUCAUCAUCGAAAAGAGAAAGGAAGAGGCCUCUGAGGCGUUCUCAAAGAAACAGCGGGAGGAGGAGACUCGUCGUCGCAUCCGUGCCCAGCAGCAGGCCGAGGCCGAGGCCCAGCGUCUCCGUGAAGAGACCAAAGCACGCGAGCUUAAGCGCGUUAAGGACGAGCAAGCCCGCAUUCGCCGACAAGAGAUUGAGAAGCAGUUGCAAGAGCUCAAGUCUACAACUGGGGACAUUGACCUUGAAGGCGUCGACAUUGACAACCUUGAUUCCGUUGCCAUUCGAAACAUGAAGUUACAGCACUUGGCGAACAACAAGACCAAGAAGGAUGAGAAGGUUGCAAUCACCGCUAAGCGUAUCGAUCAUCUCGAGCGAGCUUUCCGCCGAGAAGAACUCAAGUAUCAAGCCCAAGAUUACGAGAAGCAGCGUGAAGAGGAUCUCAAGGUCUACGAACAGACCAAGGAAGAGACUCUGAAGGAAGCCCAGGAGAAACACAAGCAAGGCUUGGCCCUGAAGCACCGGCUCAGCAGACUUGUCAAGCACUACGACUCAUUCAAGGGUCAAAUUACCGAGCGUCGAUCCACCGAGUUUGAAAGAUUGCGCAAGAAGGCUGAGCGCGAGUUUGAGGAAGAGAAACGAAAGCGCAUCAGGGAGGUUCAGGAGAGGAAGAUCAGAGAGCGCGAGGAGCAAGAGGCAGAGGAGCGGCGCAUCCGUGAAGAGGAGGAGCGCCGAGCACGUGAGGAAGAAGAGAAGGCGAAGGCUGAAGAGGAGAAGAAGAGGGUGGCCGCUGAGCGACGAGCCAAGGCUGAAGCCGAGCGAGCGGAGCGUGAUGAGGCUGCACGCCGCCAAAUGCAACGUGAGGAAGAAGCUGCAGCCAGACGAGCAGCUCGUAGGGGACCCGAAGCCGAGAAACCUUCACCUUUCGGCCGUCCUCGCGAGGCUGUUCCCAUGGACACUCGCACAGAAUCUGAUGAAGGGCGCACCGCGCCUCGUCUCGCACUGGGCGGCAAGACCGGUGGUGGCUGGCGUGAACGAGAAGCAGCUCGAAAAGCUGCAGAGGCGUCUGGUCAAGCUCCAACCGAGCCCUCUGUGGCCUCAACUCCUGAACCCGCCCCAGCCCAGCCUGUCCGCUCUGGCUACGUGCCUCCACACCUGCGACGAGGCGGUGCUCCCUCAAGUGGCGAUCUGCCACCACCACCUCGAGACCUGCCUAUCCGUGGGUCGUCUGCCUCACCGGCGAACGGCGGUCCAGAGCGCAAGUACGUCCCUGCACAUCUGAGAGAAGGAGGCCGCAGUUUGUCGAGAGAGGGUGCUGGCUCACCUGCACAUGGCAGCAGCGAAGAAUCUCCCGCCGCCGCACCGAGAAAGCCCCCCACUGGUGCCGGAGGCCGCUACGUGCCCCCCAGCAUGCGCAACCGUCAGUAA